UUAUUUCCUUAGAGGGAGAUAUUUUUUAUUUAAUCAUAAAACUUUGUGGGUGAGACUACAUCUUCUUAUUUAUGCUAUAAAUUGCAGACAGUGGACUGUAAACAUAAGCACAAGUCCUGAGAACUGUUAAGUAGCAAAGAUGGAUUGCUUUUUUUAAAAUUUUGUACUUUCUUAGUUUUAAGCAACACCCUCUCUCCCCUGAUGAUUCCCCUACUUGCAGAAGUAAAUAAAUAGGAAACUUUGUAGACUACGAUUCUGAAAAGGAAAUAUCUCUCAGACGGAAAUACUGAGCUCUACAGGGGACUGUACUUAAAAGUUUCAUAGCUCAGUGGGCAUUUAUUCAAGAAAAGCUGGCAUUAAUGAACAACUCAACAUGUCGUCUUCAACCAUCAUCUGCUUCUUCAGUAGCUCUGCCAAUCAUCUAUUCUUUUCUAUUUACUACAGGCAGCUUUGCAAACAUUUUAUCUGCAUGGGUGUUUUCGAGGUAUGCAUCUCCAAAAAGAACACAGCACAUCUACUUGAUAAAUCUCAUCAUUGCAAAUUUACUUAUGUGUAGUAUUAUGCCUUUUCUGGCUGCCUAUUUUGCAAGAGGAUAUCUGUGGAAGUAUAAAUCUGGAAUAUGUAAAAUAGCAAGUGAUUUUGGAACUCUGGUUAUACAUGUCAGCAUGUAUGUCAGCAUUACAAGUUUAUGUUGGACAGCCGUAAAUCAGUAUGCAACUCUGAUGAAACAUAAUGACCACACACAGUAUUCACAGUCCAUUAAUGAAAACACCUUUUAUUGGCAAACACUGAAAAAGUUUCGUCAGCCAAAAUUUGCCAAGUAUUUGUGCAUCAGCAUAUGGCUUACUGCAUUAUGUGUAACUAUACCAAUUAUAGUGUAUAUUUCCCACUCAGGAACAGAUCAAGAAGAUAUAUGCUAUAACAUGAUUGUGGAAUAUGGAGAAGGUACUACAAAGACUAUAGUUCUCAUUGCUACCACAUGUUUUUUUUUAUUGUUUAUAGCAGUGUUGUUAUUAUACUAUUCCCUUGUCAAUCACCUAAGUAAGAUACAAAAAAAUACUUGCAUUGAAAAGAAGCAUCUAAUUCACAGGACAGUCAAAAGAAACAUUUUGAUCAUCCAGAUCAUAUUAGCUGUCUGUUUUCUUCCAUACCAUAUUUUUAGGCCAGUUUUCUAUCUACUGCAUAGUUCAGAAGACUGCCAGAGGUUGAACUCAUUAAUAGAAACAAAAAAUUUCCUUACUUGUCUUGCUGUUGCAAAAAGUAGUUUAGAUCCUAUGGUAAGCCUCCUGUUAGAUAAAACAUUUAAGACAACUCUCUAUAAUCUCUUUAGAAAAACUAGCCCACAACAUCAGAGACAUUCAGGUGAUAAUUACCUUGAAGAUACCACUCCAAUAUGAAAGAAUAAGUAGAAAUCUUAUUGUACACACUUGAUGAGGGUGGAUGCAGUAGCAUUAUUAUAGGGGGAAACACUUAUGGGCGAUUUAAUUUUGCAUGUUAUGGAGUUCUUAUACUUGUAUUCAUGGUGCCAGGAUCUGAAGACUAGGUCACAGUCAGUCUGCCCCAGAUGGGGUAAUGAGAUAAGCAUCUGGAUGAAUUAGCCUCUGCUGGAGAGUCUAGCGACACGAACCAGAGGAUUGGGUAUUGGGAGCUUCUACCAGGUAUUUAGGGCUUCACUGGGCAGCAGAAGUACUUCUUACACUUAAUAGCUGGCUGUUUCCCUGGUUCUUCCUUUGGUUUGCUCCUGGUCCCAAAUCAUGGGACUGCCCAGGCACCAGGCAUUACUAUGGGAACAAAUUUUUCAUAGGGUUGUAUUAGUAGGGUUCGAUUUUCAAAACUGACAUAGUUUUCUUGUGUCUUAUGCUGACUGUAUUGCAGAGAGUCUGGGGGGAGAUUGUACAAGUUAGACUGUACAUCAACAACACAAUAUAAUGGUGACAGCUAACCUAUGCCGAUGGGUAAGCUAUAAAUACAGGAAGAGUUGUGUAAGUGGGGAUGAAGUACUUGACUGGUGUGCAGGAAAGGAUAUGCUGUUUUAGAUGUCUUUUGUAAUCUGAGCUAGGAUUCUCUAUCAAGUGCAGCAACAAUUCUAUUUUCAGGGGAUUAGAUUUAUUGUAAAAUGGUGUAUGCAGUCACACCUAUAUAGCUUUCCAAAAAUUAUUAAUAAUUAGAUUCUUUUCAAGAUCCGGUUUUAGUAUGCAGAAAAUUCUAAAAUAUAAUUCAGUUGAGAAAUAACCAGAUGAUUUAUCUAAAUAUACUGCUAAAGGGAGUGGAGGAAAUUAAAAUCAGAUAAUGUACAAAAUUCUAACAUAUACUGUUGCAUAUUAAGCAAAAACAUUAGAGACAGUAAAGAAUGCACAUAUAUGUAUUUCGUCAUGAAGAAAGAUCAACAAUCUUUAAAAUGGCUAAGAAUCAGUAAACUAAGGACAUUUUAUUUUUCACUGAAAUGAAACAAAAGGUUUUUGUCUCUCCUGCACUUCCUUUUUCUCUUUCCACUACAGCAAUUCAUAACGGACAGCCGAAAGAUACUGUACUGAAAAAUACAGAAGCAUAGCAUCUGGCACAGUCAGCCAAUUCAGCAUUAAAUCAAAGCAUGUUCACUGCAGAUCCAAAAUUCUCCGAUUAACCCACCCCACCAAAUCCAUGUUUUUCCAUAAUUAAAAUGAAAGACCACUAUAUGUAUGUAUAUGUAUAUAGGCAUCAGCUGAACAAACUGUUUUAUUGAUAUAUUUACUAUUUUAAAGCAAUUUGGAAGCCUACCAGUGCCUCAGUCUUUGUAAUA